ACGAGUGAGUGAGUAUUAAACUUGACCCCGAUCAGAGGGCAAGGGAACAGCAACACACACAAGUACUGUAACUGUAAAACAUUUCAGGCCCGCUUUGCCACCACAAACUGGGGAUGGCUGUCUGGUAAUGUGGGCCGUCGAUGCCGCUGUCGUCCCGCCGUGCCUUUGUGAGUUCUGACGGGCCGAGACCCACCACCAUGGCCUCAGCGGAAUCCCGCUGCACAUCUGUCAGACUCCCCGCUGUGGCGACCGUCUUCUUGGUCCUGAUGUCGGUGACCACAGUACGGUCCUCUCAAGGCGACAAGGAGCCGGUUUACCGUGACUGUGUGAAGCAGUGUGUCCGCACCAACUGCACCGGAGCUCGGCUACGUGGCUUCCAGUCUGCCCAGCCGCAGUACAUGGCGCUGACAGGUUGGACAUGUCGUGAUGACUGUCGCUAUCAGUGCAUGUGGACCACGGUGGGGCUUUACCAGGCCGAGGGGUACAGGGUCCCACAAUUCCACGGCAAGUGGCCAUUCGCGCGCUUCCUGUGUUUUGAGGAGCCAGCUUCCGCCCUGGCCUCUCUGCUUAACGGCCUGGCUUGCCUUCUCAUGCUGCUGCGCUAUCGGAGCACGGUGCCACGCCAGAGCCCCAUGUACCACACCAUCAACGCCUUCUCUCUGGUAUCUCUUAAUGCCUGGUUCUGGUCUACAGUGUUUCACACCCGGGACACCUAUCUCACUGAGAAAAUGGACUAUUUCUGUGCAACAGCAGUCAUUCUUUACUCAAUCUACCUAUGCUGCGUGAGAACACUGGGUCUGAAGCGACCUGGGGUGUCAAGCAUGGUGGGAGUCCUGCUCAUCUUGGCCUUUACCUCGCACGUGUCAUACUUGACCUUUGUCAGUUUCGACUACGGCUACAACAUGGCUGCUAACGCCACCAUCGGCAUGGUGAACCUCCUGUGGUGGCUGUGCUGGUGUUGGCAGAACCGACGGACCUUGCCAUACUGUCGGAAGUGCAGCCUGGUGGUGCUGCUGCUUCACGGUCUGGCCCUGCUGGAGCUGCUGGACUUCCCCCCAAUGCUCUGGAUCCUAGAUGCCCAUGCUGUGUGGCAUCUCAGCACCAUACCGGUGCACUUCCUUUUCUACAGUUUCCUGAUAGACGACAGCCUCUACUUACUAAACACAGAGAAGAUGGGCGUCAAACUCGAGUAGGAGGACCUCAUCGCCUCUUCACCACGCCUGCACCCUCACACCUCUCCAAUCAGAGCAGCUGGACACCCGAACACGGAAGUAGCUCAGCCUCCCAGAUGACAUGCAUGACACCACUAUGACUUCCAUCAAAGUAGACUUUGUUUACAUCUUUCUUGUUUUUAAUUUAAUUUUUUUUAAUUUUGUGGUAAUUUCUUUCUUCUUUAAAAUGAUUGCGAUUGACGCUUGCUCUACUUAUCUUUGCCUUGUACUCACGUGUGCUCUACAGUUCUUUUGCCAUUUCUUAUAAUUGCAAAACAAGAUGAAGGAAAAGGUUUUUGAAUUCUACCACAGCAGACCCAGGUUUUUUUGGGACUCCCAAUUGGGACACGUAUCCUGUUUCUUUCGAGUCUUCGGGCGCUUCUGUAAUAGCUCCCCCGAACCCAUGAUUUGACUUCACUCAAGAUCACCAGCCUCUUGGAAGACCCAACACGCUUGGCUCUGCAGUUUGGCGUAGCUGACAAUAGAUGGCACCAAAUCGCUUGCCAGGCCAUCAUAACCUACUCUGUUGGUACAACAUGUGUCAGGAUCCAGCUGUGCCAAAAGCGGACUGGCGGACGCAGAGCGGUCCCCCCUUGUGAAUGGGAGGGAGGGGGCUGCCAGAGGAUUGUUCUAGAGAGAGAGAGGGUUUAUGUUUGGAGGCUAUUCUAGCUGACUGUGUUUUUUUGUUUGUUUUCUCUCCAUUACACCUUUAUUUUUGUGCCUCUGUUGUUCCACUGCUGCUUUUGUUUCUUAUUCUCUUCAGUUAUAAUUUCAUAUGUAAUUUUCAUCAGCUGCCUUAGUUGUUUUUAAUUCUGUUGUUGUUGUUGACGACCAGUUUGUGCUUUGUUCUGUUUUGGCUUUUGAUUCCUUGAUUUUGAAUUUGGAUGGGAUAUGUCUGAUGAGCAUAUUAUUGAUGAGAAAUAUUAUUUUAAUUCACCUGGAUUGCCUUUUACUGUGAGGAAAAGGAGAACACGGGAAAGUAGGAAAAAUAAGCUGCAACAGGAAGCUGCAAUCAGUGGGGCUUUUUUUUUUUUUUUUUUUUUUUUUUUUUUACAGCAAGAGAUUUAAUAAAUUUUGGGGUCAGGUGGUGUGUGUGAGUGUUUAGGUGUUCAUUUGACUCCCAUUAUUUGGAUUUGGUUGCAUUUCUUGCUGUAGUAUUCUCCAUAAUGACACACAUAAUCAGUUGCUUUACAGAUAACUGCCCCACACUCCCAUUUCCCUCCAUGUCUGCCUUACACACUGCAUUGUCAAUGUGCAUGUUUCUUCUGUGUAAAACACCUUCCUUCCUCUCAGCGUUUGCGCCAAACCUCUUGAAUUCAUACCCUGUAUGUCUUCAUCCCUCCAAGUUUCCCUUCCAUGCGUGCACUUUAUGGGGUGUGUGUACAGUUACACACAUUUUUCUUUGAAAUUCUGCCCACGCCUCUGUAUUUCUGUGUGAGAAUGCGAACAAUGACCAGUACGACGUGUACACAUUGCCUUGACUUGACAUUGUGUUGUUUUUGCCAUCAUAAACUGAAUCACUGUGUGUGUGUGUGUGUGUGAGAGAGAGCUAGAUUAUGCUCAAUCCUUUUGUAAAACGACCGGUGUCUGUGUGUGUAAAUGCUGGACGUUUGCUGCAUGAAUGUGUGUGUGAGACGAUGGGUAAAUUUAGCUUUGCUGACAGCCUUUGAGGGGGGUGGGGGAAUACAGAGGACCUAACACAUGGAGAGGUUGUUAUAGGUUUGGGUGGCAAAAAGAUUCCUGAAAUCAUGGAAGAGAUACUCUCCUAGUAUAGUGCAUAGUACAUAGUGCAUAUUGUAAUUGUUAUUGGCCAAAAAUGUUUAUAUUCUCAGAUGUUGUAAUGUUUAUUAACCACUAUAAUUCAUAAAAUGGUGUCCCAAUUAUUACAAUUUACAUAUACUUUUAAAAAGCUAAAACAACUGCCCACUUGAACAAAAUGUAAUUUAAAUUGAUCAAAAAAUCACACUAUUCAAAACUGAAAGUACUUUGCCUACUGAUAACCUUGCUAAAUCAUUCCAUUGGUAUCUGUUUUAAUAAGUUGAAUAUUUCCUGAGGAAUCAGCAUAAAAACAGAUGUUUGCUCUGUUAAUCAUUUCAUUGUUCACUUCCUUCUUCCUUACCGAUAACCACAUCCCUCCUCUUCCCUCGCUCAUCUGCUGCCCCCUGCCUGCUGCCCUGUGCACCAUCACCUCUCCUACUGAAUGCACUUUCCUCCACCUCACAUCUAAUAUCUGACCAAAAAAAAGAAAAAGAAAAUGGAACAAAUAAAAGUCUUCUUUGUUGAUAAGGAA